AAGGGGGGGAAGGUCUUGCACACCCCGCUUGACAGCGAGUCUAUCAAUUAGGAGCGAAGGCUGUACAAUGGGCUAAAUCUUGGGUAAAGAUCGCCAAAAAUACGUGGGCGCAUUAUUGAUGAGAAUCCUACCUCACUGGAAUCUGACCGGCUGCGCAAAGUAUGGAUCCUUUAAUAACAUGGAGCUGCCGAAGAGAAAGAUAUAAAGGACAUCGUGCAUCUGCUUUAGAAUCAGAAAUAAUCAUCACAGAACCAGAACUCCAAUCGCAGCAGCAUCAAAGAAAUCCAAAAAAAAAAAAUCCUCUUCCAGCAAUAUUAUAAGCUUCUCUGCUCCUAGAAUUCUCAACCGUCCACGCCUCCUUCCAAACACUACAUAUUCAUCAGACAAGAAACACAUAUACCUCAAUCUUCAAAAUGCAGAUCUCCUUCGCCGUUGUCCUUGGCCUCCUUGCCACUUCCAUCUCUGCCACUCCCACACGUCGCAGCACCCAGAGAAGCCACAGUGUCAGAGUCCAGCUAACAAACGACCUAACCGGGCGCUCGGGCUCAAAGAUGAUCCCGCUUGAUAACAAACCCAGAGACGUUGUCGAGCUCUUCGGGGACACCCACGUCGUCUCUCAUGGCCAUCUUCUCGCCUCCAGCGUCCAGCUGACAAAGAUUGCUCGAGGCGGUUACUGCACGAUUAAAGAUCAACAUGACGCUCUUAUUGCGGAUAUUAACUAUCGCGACACUUUUGAAGACUUGGACGACGACAGAGACGAGGCCAAACCCCGUGACAUGCGCGGCACUGUCAUUACAUGCGGAAAGGAGUAAGGGAAUGGCCGGUUGAGGAGGAUUCUUUUCAUGUUUUUAUUUCUUUUGGAAGGAAGUGGGAAAGUAGGGAUGCGAUUCAUUUUCGUUUGCGUUUUGUUUAAAAUUUGAUAUUUGCGAAUCAUGGAAGUUCUCGGAUUGCUUUGGUUAAGAUGUGUUACUCGAAUUGUUUGGACAUUGUCCAUUGAAACCAUCGGUAGCGAGAGGGAGUUAGCAUAUUCUCUUUUCGGAAUCAUUUUCCUAUUCUGUCCUUUCCUUACUUGAUGUAUAUUUAGAGAGUUCAUCCAUAUUUUGAACCAUAUUUUCUCCUCGCCAA